GCCCGACAUUGACCAUUGUCUGUCUCUCUCAUGCUCAAGGGAAACCCCACUAGAUUUGUGAAACCAUCAAACUGAGGGAAGUUUCCUCACGCAAUCCCCUCGCACGUUACCCAACCAUUCAAUUGCUGCUUUGUCUCGAUCUCAUCUACCAACCUACCUAUUCUCUAGCUGGGACGAUGUCAGGCAGGGUUCCAUCACAGCUGGAGUAACUGGCAGCGAGCACAGCCCUGUCAGCCAUUUUCUGUCAAGCAUUCCAUUCCCCAUUCUUUAAUUAUUACGCAAGAUCCCAAACCCAGCCUCCCCUCUCUGAGUUCGUCAAUAAUACCUAUAUCCCCUGUUGUUGCCGGCGGAGCGAUCCCCUGCCGCAUUUAUUUGCUUGCUGAAGAUUCCCAAGCUGGCCAGUGAGUGCAUGCGUCUCACAGGCUCUCACGGUACUUGCGCGCUCGCUCGCUGGCAUCCCGUUAAUUCGGAUCUCUCUCGGUGGCUUGUCACAAAGCAAUGGAUAGCUCUUUUGGUUUUGACAUUGACGCCCGGGGUGUGGUAUUCGCUACCUGGCCCGGAAACUAGUCCUAGUAUCCUUCCAACCCUAUUCCACCCAUUCACUGGCUACACUGCUACUUUAUUCGAGUUUCCGCUUACUGCUACUUGCUGUCUACUCCUCCCCUUUUGCACGCCCACUGCCUACGUUGCCUACAUACACUGCAGUCUGCAUCUGCCUACCUAUUCCACAUUGACUACACGCUGCCCCGUGUCAGCGCCCAGCGCCAGUGUCAGUGCCGGUGUACAUUGUCAGUGCCGCGAGCUGCUGCAUUGGCCGUCUUUGUAGCCUCUCGAAACUGCUCGGCGGGUUUUGUGGCACACCAACCGCCGACAGUAUUACCUGGCGUGCACCUCCAGCUGUGACACUGGGAACACUGUAUUUCCAGGACAUGGCAAUACAGCAUCUCUGUAGCCGCGUCCUUUUGCCGUUGUCGCUGCCACUGCCAACUGCCACUGCCGUCCCGUAACCUACCUGUCUACCUGACGUUAUCGCUACUCACUUCUUUUGCUUCUUGCUGUUCUCUGGUCAACCUGAGGUCGCCUUGCUGAUGAGCCGCCAGAUACCCGCAAGAGGCCAGUACUUCUUUGACGAUAGAACCCUCUCAACCUUCGUCGCUCUUAAACCUAUUCCAUCCGCCUGUUCUCAGCUCUACCGCGCAGUACCCCCAGGACGGAAGUGCCUUUUUCCAGUCUCAAGCUGCUGGCCAUCAUCAUCUCUACCCUGGUAUAGACGUCCGCUCUCGGCUGGGUUCCAACAACUCAUCUACGACGGGGAUGGCACAUCCCUAUCCCCCAUCACAUCGCACCCCAGGCCUCCCGCAUCCUGGUCCACCGAUCAGUACUCGAGAACAGUACGGUCCUGCCACGCCAGGGUUUAGGAGGCCAUCAGAGCAUUCUGUUCGGUCGCCCUCCUUUGCCACGCAGCCAAGAGGAAGACAUCCACUGUCGCCGACAACAAGCCCCAACGCGGGCUUCUCGGCUCCAAGCAUGGGCUCCAACGGGUACGGCGGUAGGCCGGCUCAGAAUAACAUUCCUCCCUUGCAACCAGUUCAUAUGCUAGGAAGCCUUCAAUACAACGAUGGCGCAGGAACACCUGUCAAGGUGGAUAUUUCAGGUGUCAUUGACAAGGGCUUCUUUUUAUCGGAGAACGAGUGGACGUGUUAUCGCAGGAACUACUUCUCUUGCGUCUGCUCCUUUUCUCUGAGCCCUCACAUCCCCAACGUCACUAUCCAGUACACUGCUAGUGGCUCAUCACAACCCGUUCCGAUCUUUGGAUUCGCCAUGUCUAUCUCCGCAGUUGUCUCCGACAAUGAGCAGCACAACAUCGAGCUGGUACAGCAUACGCCAAAGAGAGACAAGGGGCCUAUAAUGAAGCCUGAAAAAAUUCGGCUCAGCAACAAGCCCCCACAGGCAAGCCACCACCACCAUAUGGGCAUGUUCUCAGAGUCGGUUGUACCCAAUCGUCCUGUUUACCCCGACAAUUUCAGCAAUCAGCCUGGCAGCCAACAGUUGCCCACAGAGCACACGUUUGAGCGAAUUCAGUUCAAGCAAGCUACCCAGAACAACGGGAAACGCAGAGCUGCUCAGCAAUACUACCAACUGGUUGUCGAGCUCUGGGGCGAGGUAGCUAAUCAGAGCAGUGGUGAUCAAUACGUCAAGAUAGCCACACGCAAGUCGGCCAAGAUGAUCGUCCGAGGCCGCUCGCCGGGCCACUAUCAAAACGACAGACGCGGAAGCCAAAGCAGCGGACCUGGAGGAUCAUCGGGCAAUAUGGGAGGUUACACCGUCAGCGGCAUGGCCGACUUCAACAAUCCCAUGAUGGGCGGUCCAAGCUAUGCGACAGGUGGUUUCGACGCCCGCAGCAGCCUCUAUGGGGUCCGUCAUCACGAUAUACCGCACGAGUCGAUGAUUCCUCAGGAGGAAUCCAAGGCCAUCGUCACGACCCGAGAGUACCAGUACUACCCGGCCCCAAUGUACGAGUCGCAGAGCGACCGGAUCGAGCUGUUUAACCCUCGUGGAGAGCGCGAUCACAACGUUGUGCCGCACAUGGCCACCGGGAUGGACAUGAGUGGCAAGAUCAAGCAUGACUACGAUGGUGCCGCUCUGCCCAGCAUCUUCCACCCGCCAGCUCAGAUUAAUGAUCGUCCGCCGGGACCCUUCGAGGGCAAGUCGACCUCGAGCGGGUACUAUCCCAUCCCUUCGUCCGGCAUCAACAUGACCAUGACAUCAUGAUUGGCUGCUACGAGAUGCUACGAACAUUGCAGUGUGGAAGUUGGCGGCGUUCACAGACCAUACUAAGGCGUUACGGAGUCCAGCCUGUGAUCUAAAAGUGGAAGAAAAAUAAAGGUAAAAAUCACGAAACAAAUAUCGGCAGAGUCUGGAGCAAGAAUACAAGCAUGGUAUUGCAUGAGUUUGGGGUUCAAACCCUGGGAUCUCCUUCGUUUGAUAACAUUUUGGCACUUGGCGAGGAGAGUGGGCUUGAAUACGCAAAGGCGGGCAGAAAAGCUGCGAAUCAUAACGACGUGUACGACAAGAAGCUGGAGAAACUAGAUGCCAGGUUUAACCUGACAUUUCAUGUGCGAGCAAAAGCAGCAUGGUGAGAGAGAUUGUACGAGGAGCAGAGCAUCAUCAUCAAUAGCGGCAAAGGCAGCCGCAGUAGCAGCAGCAAAAUGAGACAACAGGACAGACAUGAAAACGUGAGAUCAGCUGGUCUUGUUUUCUCUCUCUCUCUCUUUCUGUUUUUGGGGGCGAAUGGAAGAAAGGAGGAUACCCAGGGUGCAUUUAUUUUCACUUCUUAUGGCACAUGGUUUCGUCACUUUGUUUUUGGCACUUUUUUUUUUAGCUGAAUGUAAUUCUUGUCAUUUCGUUUCUUUCCUAUCCUAUCCUAUCCUAUGCUAUCCUCUUGUUGUUGCAGGACACAGCAGCCUGUUGACUGUGAAUACUUGGCUUCAUGUUCGGCCAUAUGGGCCGGCUAAUGGCUUUCAAAACCUAUGUGGGAAGUUGAUGAGUAGUGUCUAGCUUGUAGGAGAAGGCGAUGGAUGGAUGGAUGGUGGGGGGCUGAAGCAUCAGGUGGGAGGAUGGCGUUGAGACACACAAGGACACUCAGAGACAGAGGCAGAGGCAGAGGCAGAGGCAGAGGCAGAGGCAGAGGCAGAGGCAGAGGCAGAGGCAGAGGCAGAGGCAGAGGCAGAGGCAGAGGCAGAGGGAUAAGCCGAGAAUACGAGGCUAACAGGAUCAAGACACAGUCAUGUCACAUGCAUGAUUAGGUCCUAGCAGGGUAUCUAUUCAAUGACAACCCGGUUUGCCUCUGGUGCAUCCGCGACGGCCACGGUGGAGUGCAGUGCCUAGGUAAUGAAAUCCGACGGAAUGCAGGGCCCCACGGUUGGUGGAUGAAUGAAUGAAUGAAUGAAUGGGUGGAUGGGUUAGCUAGAUGUGGUUGGAUGCCACUCUCUUGAUUUCCGUCUGGCCUUAUAAUGACACUUUCAUUGAUAAAGAUGGAUGAGAUUGGUGUGUAAUGAUUGAC